CGAUUGGACGGGGAACCCGACAUCGGUGUCGAGACUCCGAUUGGUGUUGUACCAAAGAAGGGUUCGAUCAACGAAGAAGGUCUUCCUAAUAUUAACUGGGACGAGCUCAUGUCAGUACCUCAUGAAUACUGGGCCGAGGAUGCCAAAGAAGUUAGAAAAUUCUUGGAAGACCAGGUAAAAUCCAUUAUUAGAUAUUUUAUGGGCUCGUCAUACAGUAAUCCAUUCGCUAGGUUGGACCUGAUCUCCCGCGUGAAAUCCGUGCCGAGAUGGAUGCACAGGAAGAGCGCAUUAAACAAACCGCGUAACCUCAUCUACAUACAAGUGGUGCAUGUUUCUUCUGCUGUAAAUUGA